AUGGGAAAAGCACCAGUGACCAUAGGGGACUCUUGUCCUUUGUCUGAUUCCUCAAGCAAUGUCUCAGCAACCCCAGACCACGGGGACGCCGCAUGCAAACGAGCUGUCCUCGCUCAUGACGAUGCCAAGAACAAGAUGAAAAUGGAUGAGGCUUCUGGUGCUGCCAAGGCCGAUCUCAUGCUCGAUCUGACCCUCGUGACAGUUGGCUCAGGUCAUAAGCAACCCUCGAGCUCCGACAAAGUGGCGGUUGUCGGGGAGCCCUCUGCUGAUAGGGUUUUCUCAUGCGCCUAUUGCAAGAAAGGCUUUGCGACGUCGCAGGCGCUCGGGGGCCACCAGAACGCACACAGGCAUGAGCGUAUGAUCGCAAAAAGGGAGCGAGAAAUUGCUGCCAUGAGCGGGUACGGGCCGCCUUCAACUCUGACCUAUGGCUAUGGUGCUGUCAAUUCACCCUAUUCAGGUGUCCAUCGAUUCCCUGCUCUCGGACGGCUCAACCAACAGGCCCUGCCUGGUGUGGGGAUGGAUCAGCCCAUGGUCCACAGGGUCCAACCAUCAUGGAACCAGCCAGGAUCGGGGGUCAUGCAAAACGGGCCUUGGCUCGGGCAUCCACACACGAUGCCCUCAUCCCUACCAAGGUCGGAGGGCAUGCCUUAUGCUCUCAAUAACCAUUUCAAUAAUUUCAAUACUGCAGGAUUUUCGGGUCAAGCUCCUCCUCCAGCAUUUAAUCAUUCUCAAGAGGGUGGUGGUGCAAUGAUGCACAGCUUUCAAGGUCCUUCAAGCAUUCUUAGCCCGGAUCUGGGAAUGAGUACGGUUGCUAAUGGGUGGGGCAGCAGCGCUGGGGGCAGCGGCAGCAGCCGAGAUCUUGAAGUCCUGCUGGGGAAGAAGAGGGAUGUUCAGCCAAAGACCGACCAUGGAGAACCUGAUUUGACUCUCAAGCUCUAA